GCCCAGAUCUCUGGGGUUGUCUGUGUUGGUUCAAGGAGUGAGGCUACGUAAUCAGUUUCAUAACCAGCAGCGGAAGGAGUUAAGGAAAGGAGUUACGUCAUAGGAGGCAGCAUGGCAUCGCAAAUUUACACACGUGUCACGGACCCUUCAUUUCUUUGCUGCCUUUCGACAUGGUCACUUGCUGACUCAACUGUGCACGUCUGUUGCCCUUUCGACGUGGUCACUUCCUGGCUCAACUGUGCACGUCUGUUGCCCCUCGAUGACUCGCUGAAUCUCUGGCCUGCUUUCUAGCUGCCGAUGUGGAUGGGUCAGGAUGGAGCCAUGUUUGGGAAGAUGGGGUUUGAAACCUCAGAUGGGGUCUUUCCUAGAGAUCGACUGUGUGAGAUCUUAUACCACUUGAUCCUGUAAUUUGACAUAGAAAUUUAAAGACCCUUUAAAGAUCACCCCACAACUUCGGUGGGGAUGAUAUGGAGCUGCUUCCCUGCCAUAGCUUUCGAACACUGUAUUGACUUGCUGCAAAGUUAAUAUUUGAUAGGUAGAACCUUUGGGGGGCUUGGUGCCCCUCUUGCCCCCUCUUUGCAGGCCUAGGCUGUUUCGGUUGCAGAAGCACAUGCUCAGAGUUGACAAAUGUCAUGAAUGACAUUCAAUUCAAAAUGAAAGCUACUGCUUUCCUCCAUUGGUUAAUUACUCAAACAUGGAAUGCUUCGUCUUCAUGUUGUGACUGUUGCGAAGUGAAGUCCCUUUGCCCCUACUGAGAACAGAUCACAUGUGCUCCUUUCACGUGCUGCAUGUCGUUUACAUGCUCCUUUCACGUGUUGCGUGUCGUUUACACACGUGUUGCAUGUCGUUUACAUGCUCCUUUCACGUGUUGCAUGUCGUUUACAUGCUCCUUUCACGUGUUGCAUGUCGUUUAUUGCCAGCUUAUCCCUUUGCCUAUCCUGAGAACAGAUCAUAUGCGCCCAUCAGGCUUUGCUGCUACCAGCUGGGCUGGUAGGGAAGAAUGGAAGUUGCUGUCCAUAUACACGAGGGCAGACAGCUGAGACAGACGCAGCAGAAAGACGCUGCAGCCUUAACAGCCGCUGUUCGCGCUACCGCCACACAUCAGAAACAACAGCAACAGCUGUUGAACACCACCACCACACGUGUCAACAGCAUGGAAGCUAAGGCAUCAGCAGCGCCAGGCUGCACGACAGACACGACGAAGCAGCUCGGGGAGCGCAUCGACCAUGUCGUCACUAUUAUCGGCGAACUAGGUGAUUUCACUAGUCCGGCCACGAUCAGCAGCACGGUGGCCGCCAUCAAGACGGACAUCACCAAACUGCAGACAAGACCGGACGCCGCUCCAAAGGCAUACAAGAUGCCGCGCUUCAACAUCGGCAAGUUUGACGACUACAACAAGACGGACGCCUUGACAUGGUGGCAAAGCUUCCUCACCGAAGCAUCCUGCCACACGGUACCGCCCGAAGACAUGAUGAAAGCGCUCUACCUCCAACUUAUUGGAGGCGCACAGGCAUGGAUGAACCAUCUCGCGGCCAAUCAAAAAUGCACCAUCGCCCAACUCCACACGCACAUUCCGCGGAAGGAGUUCAAGCAACUGUGGUUCACUCGAUUCAUGGUCCGCAACGUUGUAAAGGCGGCCAUGAACGAGGUUUACACCAGCUCACAAGGAAACAUGCCAACUCGAGACUGGACGAUCAAGUGGCAUAAGAUAGUAACCACUCCAGGCUUCGACUUGAGUUUUCCAAACCAACGAUCCGAAUUCUUUUCUCGAUCGUGCGCAGGACUGCGGUCGGCACUCGGCAACGAGUACGACUCUACCUCAUUCCAGGCUAUUCUGGAUUGUGUGAAGCUGGUCAUCCAAACGGAUGACAAAGCCGCUAACGAACGGCAGUCCCAGCAGCACUAUUGCCAUCAUAACGAACGGCCUCAAAACGGCGAUGGUGGGGUUUUGAAAAAGAAAGGUGUUGUAGAAAAUGGGGGCCUGGGAAAGUGUGAACAAAAGGUAAGUCAGGUGGAGAACGAUCAAAAGGAUGAACUUCAAGGAGAACAUCAUCAUGAAGGUCAACAAGAGGGUCUUAAGGAUUGUAAUGAUGAUGAUGAUGAUGAUGAUGGCUAUACUAACCAUUGGAAUCAUAAGAGUGGAGAUGAAGAAAGGGAAGAUGAUAAUGCAGGUCGCCUCAGCCGGCGGAGAAGGAGACGCGCGGACAUCCGCGCUGCCAGUCGGCAAGCUGAGCCCAGACAGAGCGGGCCAGCAGGCUUCGCACCGAGCGUGACCAGCCGGCGAUGGUGGCACGCCUGCAGCCAGCAAGCAAAGCGAAGCCGGCGAUUUCGUCGGAAGCGUACAUAGGUGAGGAGUGCGGUCGCUAUUAUCUUGUCUACCGGCGAACGGAACCAACGGAACGAACGGAUGGACGUUGCAAUUAAUCAAACUGAAUCAAUCAAAACGUAACCAACGAAUGAUCAUCGAGCAAUCGGUCUCUUGGGCGACGGGGGAAACGACGACGGCUGCGUAGUUCAGGUGAUCUGUCCGACAGGGCGGGCGACAGAUCGACUGCGCGAUCGACCCAGGCCUCAGAUCGACCGGGACACGCACGCUGGGAAGGCGGAGGUCGAGCGACGGCCGAGCGUCGAAAGAGCGACACGCGAGCGACAAGUGAUAAACAUCUGCUCAACUGGGCGACACUUACGUUCAGAGGAGCAACGUGUUCAAAACUGAGAGAGAGAGAGAGAGAGAGAGAGAGAGAGAGAGAGAGAGAGAGAGAGAGAGAGAGAGAGAGAGAGAGAGAGAGAGAGAGAGAGAGAG